UGGGGCUGGAUUCUAUAACCUAGCUGGCUCAGAAAUGCAUCUGCAUUGUCUUGCUAGGCGUACAUAUAUAUAAUGAUUAUAGAAGUAAAGAAGUAUUGGAAAAAUAUCAAUCCGUGUGCCAAGGGAGAAUAAUUAAGGUAUGUUUUUAGUGUUCAUGCCGGCGAAACGAAUUGGUGUUAAUUAUGGGACAUGCUAUCAAAUACGUCAUAGUGGUCACUCAUUUCAACACGUGGGUGUCUUACUGAUACUUCGGUUCCCUGCCAUACCAAUGACGACUACACCCCCUUGUCAACCUCCGAGCCGAUAAGAUAUAUUCUUUGAAAAUCUAUUCAAUUAAUGUAGUUUUACAUCUCGUGAAUUGCAGUACGAUAAAAAAAAAAAAGAUCUCUUGUUGUAAGCGUGGAAUACAUAUGCAUAUUCUUUAGACGCCUAGCAUGCACACACAUCAAAUGAAAAGUACGAUAGGUAGAUAGAAUACAUGUUUAAAUCCCAUGUAUAAACGAAUGACGUUAAUAACGUGUUGAACCAUGACAUCCACACAGGUAAAAAUACUCCGUAUGCAUAGUCUGUGUAGCACCAACACAUACCUGUUCCACUCAUGCACGAAUAUCGGGUAUUCCCACGAAGGCGUGUCAAUAUUCAACAGGUUGUGUAUGUUAGCUGAUGGAAGUAAGGGCUGUACUGCUCAGACAUGUGACAUUUGCAUGGUCCCCGAGAAAGGUACGUUUGGAAAAUUUCAUUCCUUGUACUAUGAUACUCUACAUGGGGAUAAAUAAAGGGGAAAUUGUCCGUUUAAGUCGCAAUUGUGUGUAACUAGAUUAGAAGUAUUGAUUAUUUUGUAACAUUUCUUAAGGUGGUCUGCACUUACUCUCUCUCUCUCUCUCUCAACAUUCUAAAAUUGGUGUUGAUGCCAUGGAAUGCCUAUUGAGCCCUUGUCCGAUACCUAUAUAUACAUGUAGUUAAUUUUCGUAUUUCUACACCAGACCAGUACAGUAAAAUCAACCAAAGGUGUCCAACAAAGAAUACAAGCAUCCUCUUUCCUUUAUCAUCGUGCAGAGUGUACGAAUUAUACAGGUAUUGCAGGUACUCCAUAGUCUACAAGUGUUAAUUCCACCAGUGAUAUUCAUUUCAUUAGGAGUGGAUGCCUUAGCUGAAGGGGAUAAGUUGGAAUGGAGAGGAUGGAGAGGGAUCUAACGGCCAGAAAUAGGGUCGGAUUCCUUUUUGCGCUGGUUUGCACAACGUUCAGCUUCUCCAUGUUCUUCAUGGCCAUGAACAAUCUUUGGUAUGAAGGGAGCCCUCCCCUUGAUGACAACGAAGUGUUGGACUACGAAGAAUUCAGAGGACUAGGGGGACCCAUAUUGCAGGAUCACCACCAACACAGCGAUGUAAACGAAGAUGUUGCAAUCGACGUAAAAAAGAAAGUUCGCGUAUUGUGCUGGGUAAUGACUGCACCCAAAAAUCUGGAUAAAAAGGCAACAGCUGUGAAAAAUACCUGGGGCAAAAGGUGUAAUAAAGUGAUAUUCUUCAGUAGUGUGACCAACACCUCAUUCCCUACAGUCGGCCUUCAAGUUUCGGAGGGCCGCGAACACUUGACAGGCAAAACCAUACAGGCUUUCAAAUACUGCUACGAACAUUAUAGGAACCAGUUCGAUUGGUUUUUAAAAGCAGAUGAUGACACAUUUAUAAUUGUAGAGAAUUUAAGAUAUUUUUUGUCUCACCACAGUUCAAAGUCUCUUGUAUUCUUCGGGCAUAAAUUUAAGCCAAUUAUAAAGCAGGGAUACUUUAGCGGUGGGGCGGGGUAUGUGUUGAGUAGGGCUAGUCUGGACAAAUUUGUGACAGAGGGCAGCAUCAACCCGUUCAUCUGCAGGCAAGAUGGCGGUGCUGAGGACGCGGAACUGGGAAGAUGCAUGAUGAAGCUUGGGAUCUCCGCGGGAGAGUCCCUGGAUACUUUUGGCAAAGAAACGUUCCAUCCUUUUGUACCCAUUGCUCACUUGGAGGGUCACCAUCCAGAAUGGUUUUAUAAAUACAGCGCCCAUAAACCGCAAAAGGGUCUGGGGUGCUGCAGUGACUACAGUAUUUCAUUCCACUAUAUGUCCCCGUCGGACAUGUAUCUUAUGGACUAUUUGUUGUACCACCUAAAACCUUACGGCAUCGUUCAACAGCCGGGAAAGAAUAAACAUUUUGACAGUGAUGAAGGUCUACCCAGGAGCUAGUCAGAUCUAACUCGGUAUAUCAACAAUUGUGAGAGACUUUCGCAUGUGUGCUUUGGUUAUCGAACUAAGCAGAAACUGACACACAUUUUGUAUUCAAAUGUGGAAAUCGUUAAAACUCAUGGAUAUUCCGAAGGUGCUUAUCAUAAUUCAGCUUCUGUAUUACUUCAAUGUCGACAGAUACUGUAGUGUAUCGUUUUCAAAUUUUCACGUUAAAAUCAUUUGAAAAGACAUCUUCGUUGAUAUCAUAUUUCAUCAAUACUCUUUGUUUGUGAUAAUUAAAGUAUAAUUUUAGAGAA